GACUGUACCCUUUGCUAAAAAAAUCGCGCUGUUCAGGAGUGCAAAUGCGAAUUGAGUUGUAAAACACGCGCACUUCACAGAGUAGACGUUUUUUAACGGAAAUAUUUUCAUGUAUACUAGAACGCGCCAAUAGGAUCUCGCUAGCGCGUGCUUGGCUCUAUCCGCCUCCUUACUUGUUCUACCCACUAUGACUAAUUUGUUCCCAUUGGAAACGUCAAACUGUCGUAUGUCUUGGUUUAGUUGUAAAAAUCGUUGACCUAGCGUCAGCCAUCCCAAUUGACUUCCUAAAACAGAAAACAUAGGGGUCAGUCAAGUGAGUGCAUUGAUAAUGAAACCGAUCACUGAUUGGCUGAAGUUAUAGUUGCUCGCGCGCACUGCUUUGACGAGGGAGACCGAGGUUAUAGGAGAGUAGUUGGGGGGACAGAGAUUUCUAGCGGCAUUGGGGCUUUGAGGGAGAAUGCUGCGCAGGACCGUCUCCUUCCCCAUUGAGGCGGGGCGGCUGCAGCAGCUGGGUCUAUUGGACUGUGCCUCCCACGGUGUGACAUCAUGCUCGGUGCUCGACCUCCCGUCUCUCCACCGAGGUCACCGGGGUUCACGACAACGGGAGGAUGAGUGGCAGGGCCGGUACCAGGGGCCUUCCAAGGCUGGCCAAUGGGAGGAUGAGCGGCAGGGCCGGUCCCAGGGGCCUGCCGAGGCUGGCCAAUGGGAGGAUGAGCGGCAGGGCCGGUACCGUGGUCCUGCCGAGGCUGGCCAAUGGGAGGAUGACGGUGGGUUAGUGGUCACACCCUCUUCUAAUGGUAGCACCAGGGGACCCAGAUGGAGGGAUUUGUAUACCAGCUCAGACCAGCUAAGGUCAGACUCAGUGGAAGAUGAUAGCUAUGAUUAUGAAGAGGGGAAGCAGAAUGAUGAGUCGGUCAGGCUGUACGUGUCAGAGGAAGAGAGGAUCCUCAACUCUGCAGACCUGAGUUCAGAGGAGAGGCGUGAUGUUCUAGCAGAGUUGGUGUAUUCCCGAAGCAGACUGAAGCAAUUGAACUCAGAGCUGCAGAGAACAGUAGAGGUAGCCGAUGACAACAACACACUGCUACGCACCGAGAACACUGCCCUGCGCAACCAAGUCAAAGGGAUGAAGCAGUCGAUCCAUGAUGCAGAGCAGCUGAUGGACGAGCUGGAGGAGAUCCGGAGCCUAUUGGUUGAGAAAGACGAUGCUACGGGCAAUCUGGAGGCCUACAUCAAACAACUGGAGAAAGAGAAGGAGAUUUUGGAGGACCAGAUCGAAACCAUCGGCAGUGAGAUGUCCCGUAUUAUACCAGACAGAGCCACUGACAAGAAGAAGAUCGUUAACCUCAGCCAGGCUCUACAAGCCUUACAGCUUCGACUCGAGGAGAGCAGACUCGCUUUGGAUCACAGGGAUGAGGUCCUACGUAAGAAGGACUUUGUAGUUGAGCAGCUGGGGCAGUCCCUUACAGAGUACUCCUCCAUUGCACAGGAUCUGAAGGAGAAGAUGAAGGAUCUGCAGAGCCAACUGGCAGAGGCCCUAAUUAAUGGAGGAGAGGGGGGUUACAUGGCGUUAGAUGGAACUCUGUCUGCAGCCACUCAGCGCUCCAUCUCUCUAGCAGAGGAACUGGGUCUACUGCCAUGCAUGAUGGAGGACUCCUCUGAUGAGGUGCAGAGGGAGGAGAAGAUAGAGGAGGAGCAGAGAGUGGAGGAGAGGGUAGAAAGACAGGCGGAUGAGAAGAAAGAGGAGGUGGUUAAGCAGGAGAAACAGAUGCUAGAGGAGAAGAGUGGUGUGUGGUCAGAUAUGGUGAGAGGUGUCCGAGCAGCAGGAGGUUUCACCCUGGGUUUCCUGGUUCCUCUGGGUGUCCUGGUCUCCAUGGUCCCCGGCUGCUACGACCACUGUACAGGACUCGGCUUCACCAACACUUUCUGGUCUACAGCCAGAUACCUCAUACAGCCAUACUGCAAUGUGCACCACAUAGGCCUCCCCCCGCUGUAAUACACACCAGAGGGAGCUGGUGGUGGGAGCUAUAGGAGGCUUAUUGUAAUGGCUGGAAUGGAAUUAUUAUCUACUUAUCAACCUAUACGCAUAUCUACCUACAUAACUACCAACAUUCACACACACACACUUAAACAUGAAUAUGCACACACACAAUAAUACAACUCAAACCCUGAUAAUCAACCCUUCCAGGCUGCUAUGCUGCUGUCAACUAGGUGAAAGGUGAAAUAAAACGAAAUAAACUGGAAUACGGCAUCAUACAUGGACAAAUUGUUGUAUUUUAAAUAGAAAAGGUAGAGAAGAUUUUACAAUGUGUAUUUAUUUAUUUGUUAUGCACAUUUUAAAUUGACAUUUUAAAGGUUGGACUCAAUGUUGUUAAUGUUUAGUUAUUUUUUGUCUAAUUUCUGUAUAGUGUUCUGUACAGUACAGAAAUUCACUGCCACGUCAUGGUCUACUCUGUCAUUUAAUUAUUUUAUUCGUAACAUUCUUGUUUUCCCUGGUUUGAAUUUCAAAUAUUAUUUACAUUUAAAUAAAGAGACUUGUACAGUAAGGUCGAAGAUUUUUGAUAACUAACCCAAGAUAGACUAGAGCCUGUCGUUUCCAAUGGGAAUAAAUUAAUCAUAGUGGGUAGAACAAGCAAGGAGGCGGAUAGAGCUAAGCACGAGCUAGUGAGAUCCUAUUGGCGUGUUCUGGCAUCUAUUUGCAUAUGACCUUUAAGGGAACGCCUACUUUGAAGUGCAAGCGUACAAUAACUCAAAUUGCCCUUGCACUCCGAAACAAAGCAAUUUUUUAAACUUUGAACAACACCUGGUAUUUUCAACCAAACAAUAACGCUAUUAUAAAGGG